AUGAAGAUCGUAGUUGCCAUCGCACUCUUCCUGACCUUCGUGGAAGUGGAGAGUUCCCUACUGAUUGGUGCCUUCAACAUCCAGUCCUUUGGUGACACAAAAGCAUCCAAUUCCACUUUGCUUGACAUCAUUACAAAAAUUGUGCACCGCUAUGACAUCGUGCUCAUUCAGGAAGUCAGAGACAGUGAUCUGAAUGCAACCAGGAAACUGAUGGAGAAUCUGAACAAGGGUACUACCACAUAUGAAUACACUGUCAGUGAACCUCUGGGUCCAAGCACUUACAAAGAGAGAUAUCUCUUUAUCUACAGAGCUAAGGAAGUGUCUGUGGAGAAAUCCUACUUGUACGGUGGUGGCAAGUUCACCAGACAGCCCUUCAUUGUCAUGUUUUCUUCCACUUCUACAGUCGUGAGGAACUUCGUCCUUGUCCCUCAGCACACACGUCCACAAAAUGCUGUUGAAGAGAUUGACGCUCUGUACGAUGUUGUUGCUGACAUAAGAUCCAAGUGGAAAACCAAUGACACACUGCUGAUGGGAGACCUCAACGCCGGCUGUACCUAUGUCAGAAACUCAGAUUGGUCAAAGAUUCGUCUCUUCACAGACAAGAGUUUCCACUGGCUGAUCCCCAACACGGCCAUCACUACGGUCUCCCCCACCACUGCCUGUCCCUAUGACCGAAUUGUGUCCACUAACUACAUGAUGAGAGGGGUUGCUUCUGGCUCGGCGAAAGUCUUUGAUUUCCAGAGACAUCUGGGCCUGAGCCAGGAACUGGCUUUGGCUGUGAGUGACCACUUCCCUGUGGAGGUCCGACUCAAAUGAGCCAGAACUGGACUCCUCCUUCCAGAACCUUCCAGUUCAGUGGCUGAAGUUGUCCACAGAAUUGUGAAUUAUGAAUUGUGCUUCACAUUAAACAUUCACUGAAUGUUACGAGAUGUUGUGUGUUUGUUUUGCGUGGAAUUCAGUUCGAAUAUGUGAAAGACUGCUCAUUAUACGUGAUUAUAUGUGUUUUACACUCUCUAAAAGGAACGAGUGACUGAAAAUUAUAACAGAAAUCUCAAAUGACUUGCCAUCCAGUUU